AUGGCAGAAAUCCAGCACGCAGGCCUCAACGCCACAUUCAAGGGCAAACGUACCCAGGAUGAAGGGGUCGAUCAAUUUCUGGGUAUCAAGUACGCCAGUAUUCCAGCGCGAUUUGAAAAAGCGAAGCCAGUCGACAAUUUCGAAGGCAGAAUUGUUGAUGCCACCAAAUAUGGUCCGAGAUGUCCCCAAGCAGAUGUGGAUGUCCGCCAUCUACUCCGCAUUCCAGAGGAUUUUGAAAUCGCCCCAGAAGCUGAGGACGAAUUUGAAUGUUUGAAUUUGGAGAUCACAUGCCCUGCCAACUCAACCUCUGCAGGCCCACUCCCCGUGAUUGUCUGGAUUCAUGGCGGCUCUCAAAUCGUUACAUUCUGUUCGGCCGCCUCCAAGAUCUGCGACCCAACCAAUAUUGUCGCGGACUCUAUCAAAGCGGCGAAGCCUGUUAUCUUUGUUUCGAUCAACUAUCGUCUGAAUAUCUUCAGCUUUGGAGAUGGUAAGGAAAAGAACUUGGCGUUGAAGGAUCAGCGUCUGGGGAUUGAGUGGGUGCGACGAAACAUCGCAGGUUUUGGAGGUGAUCCUCAAAAUAUCACUCUUUCGGGUGAGAGUGCGGGUGCUAUAUACACCCACGCGCACCUCAUUACAGGUCCUCCGGUGAAGCGGGCGGUGAUGGCAUCCGGAACGCUCUAUCUAUCCUCACCCUUACCGGUGGAGAAGGGCGAUGGUUUGAUCAAAGUGCUCGAGUCGAAAGUCCAAGAGCUUGGACAGCCGUCUUUGAGGCAAUCUUCAGUCCCUGUUUUGAUCCAAGCAUUGAAGGAAUGCAACGUGAACACCAUGUGGAUUCAGGAAGAGCCUGACCUAGAAGGAUGGGAGACUAGACCAGAGCAGGUUGAAGAAGUAAUGAUUGGCGAUGCCGAAUACGAGUCAGUGAUUUGGCGUAACGGCGUUGAACAGCUUGAUGGAGAAACCAUCGCUGCCGCAUUUGACAAUGAGAAGAGUUGGGGCACCCGACUCCGAAAACUAUACCAAGUUGUGGGCGACCGUCCCACAGCAGCGAAACUUGGUGCUCUGGACCUGGUGAAUGAUGUCCGCUAUACGCUUCCCGUUGAGGUGAUCGCCGACAAGCUACGCAGUGCUGAUAAGCGUGUGUUCAAAUAUGUGGUUGAUCAACCUAAUCCGUGGCAGCCAUCUAGCCGUGCGCACCAUGCAGUCGAUUUGCUGUUGCUCUUCGAUGGAGUUGACCUGUCCUUCAACCCAGCAGCUAGUGCAGUUGGAAAGGAAAUGCGACAGCGGUGGAUUCGGUUCAUUAACGGCGAGAAUCCGUGGUCUGCUGACCGAAGAUUUGCCUUUGGGCCGGUGGGAGAAUGCAAGGAACUCAAUGAGGUGCAAUUUGCUAUGCGCAGACGGGUGGAACACUGCAAGGUGCUGAAGGAAGCUGGUCCCAGUGCUUACAUGCCCAUCGUCUUCGCUUUGACAGCAGGGCGCAUAAAUUUGUUGAAUUAG